AUGGCCCCGAAAAUCCACCGGUCACUUCAGACCCUCAUGGCAUACAUCAAGCAGUCAAAAAACCGCCGUGCAACAAUUUUGCGUGGCCAGGGCAUACCCGGCCACCGCGCAGCUCCGGCAAAAGGGGGUAACCAUGACGCGAAAAUCGGGAGCCGCAUCGACGUUGGAGAAAUCAUCAAGAAAGCCGGCAAAGAUUAUCGGCGUUACAAAUUCCAACUCAACUUGAACGCCGAGGACUCGACUCUCAAAAAGAUGGCUGCUCAGGAUUCUCAUUUGGUGUACUCAACUGCAGACGUGGAGAUUAGAUCUGACAGGACUGAAGAAGAGGAGGAGGAGGCAAUACAGAAGUUUGAGCAAGAAAUGUUCCAGAACUUGAAGUAUUAG